ACGCCUUCCCAGCCGGCCGGAAGUGACGCUCGGGGCGGGGCCUGUGGAGCGAGGCUGGAGGGGCAGCAGCAGGUCUGCCUGGGUUUAUGAAGGUACUGAAUACCUGUCCAAACCUAGUGACCAGAUGUACCAGCAGUUGGCCAGAAGCUAGUAUUGAACACAUCUUCCUGCCACCAGUGACCAGCAAUUAGACUUUGGGAUGUGCACAUGAUGAUGGACAGCAGGGAUCAAGAAGCUGAAAUCCACCCCUUGAAAAAUGAAGACAGAAAAUCACAGGAAAACCUGGGAAACCAACUAAAAAAUGAAGAUAACUUGAAAAGUAUGCCUCUGCAGUCCCGGUUGUCCCGAUGCCGAGCAGUGGCUUUUUUCCUUUCAUUGUUUAUCUGCCUUUUUGUGGUGUUUGUCAUCUCAUUCAUCAUCCCAUGCCCUGACCGACCUGCGUCACAGCGCAUGUGGAGGGUCGAUUAUAGUGCAGCAGUCACCUAUGACUUUCUGGCUGUGGAAGACAUAAACAGGGACAGGAUCCGAGAUGUUUUGUUUCUUUAUAAACAUACCAACAGCAGCAGUAAUUUCAGCCGAUCCUGUGCUGAUGAAGGCUUAUCCUCUCCCUGCACCUUUGUGGCAGUCGUGUCAGGGGCCAACGGCAGCAUGCUGUGGGAGAGGCCUGUGGCCUCAGAUGUGGCCCUUGUGAAGUGUGCUGUGUCCCAGCCAAGGAGCAGCGAGGUGUCAUCUGCCUGCAUCCUCGUGGGCAGGCCCCAUUCUGUCAUUGCAGUCGACUUAUUCUCAGGGAAAACCCUGUGGACCCAUCCCAGCAGUCUGGGCAGGAAUGCUUCAAUCCUGAGCCCUUUACUCCAGUUGCCCGAUGUUGAUGGUGAUGGGACCCCAGACCUGCUGCUUCUGGUCCGGGAGGAAGAGGAGGUUAAUGGUUAUAUCUACUCAGGCACCACUGGGCAUCAGAUCGGCCACAGAGGCAGCCUUGGAAUAGACGGGGAAAGUGGCUUCCUCCUCCAUGUCACCAGGACGGGUGCCCACUACAUCCUCUUCCCCUGUGCAAGCUCCCUCUGUGGCUGCUCUGUGAAAGGUCUCUAUGAGAAGGUGACCAGGAGAGACGGCCCAUUUAAGAAAGACCCCCUGUGGGAGAACAUGCUCAACGCCACCACCUGCAGGAGGCUUGUGCACAGCGCUGGAGCAGUGCGUCAUCUGGUACACAUCCCAGGCAAGGCUGGUGCAGAUGUGCUCCUUGUGGGCGCAGAGGCCUGUGUGCUACUGGACGGGCAGGCGCUGACUCCCCGCUGGACCCUCAACAGAGCCCAGGUCCUGAGAAAACCCAUCUUUGGCCACUACAAACCAGAUGCCUUGGCUGUGGUCAUUGAAAAUGGAACCGGCAUUCACAGACAGAUCCUGCUCCUAGACCUCAGCAGUGGGGCCAUCCUGUGGAGCCAGGCCCUCCCAAGCCUCCCUGGGGCCCCUGGGUCUGCCAGUCUGCCAACUGCAGACCACCGCUCAGCUUUCUUCUUCUGGGGCUUCCACGAACUGGACAGCACCAAUGAGACGGAGACUGGAGCCACGUGGCACAGCCUAUACAUGCUCCACCCCACCCUGCCCAAUGUGCUGCUGGAGCUGGCCAACAUCUCUGCCAACAUUGUCACCUUUGAGGCGGUCCUAUUUGAGCCAAGCCGCCAUGCUGCCUACGUCCUCCUGACAGGCCCCACAACCUCAGAUGUGCCUGGCCUGGUCUCUCUGAUCAAGCACAGAGUGCGGGACCUGGUCCCAAGCAGCAGGGUGGUACACCUGAGUGAAGCAGGGCCAGACAGCGACCAGGCUGUUAGGGACCGGUUCUCCCGGCUGCGCUACCGGAGCGAGGCAUAAAAUGGGCGCCAGCCAGAGCCUAUGGGGGAAGACUCCACCUGCUGAUGCUAGACGCUGGCCUCCCUGGACUCCUUAUUGACGGUCCCACCCCCGUGUGUGGGUGAUGGAUGCCUAAGUGUCUCCUGCUGCCCGGCAUACCAUGUCCUUCACACUGUGCCCCAUUGGGGUCCUGCUCAUGGCCAGACUGCCUUUGUGGUUCCCUCCCUGGGCUAUAUUGGGCAAGGCUUGGCCCCAUAGCACCCCAUCCUCAUACCACGCCCUUACCUCACCAGCCUCUCCCCAGGCCAGAGAGGCCAGGAUUGUGGUAGGGCACAGGGCAUCCCUAAGGACAUGCUGCUCACACUUCUUGCAGAAGUCCCUUCCCCAUUCCUGUUUGAUUCUUCUGUGCACUGUCCCCCAGAAAUCAUGGAACUCAGGGGGCCUGAGGGUGGCCUAAGGAUAGCAGCUGGGACCUGAGGAGGAAACCCUCUGGCAUGGUGGAGAAACUUGGGCCCUUUGACCCAGCCCUAUGAGGGGUGGGCUCCAGUGCAGGAGUCUCCAACCUGACAGGGGCAAUCCCACACUGGACUGUGUCACAAGGCCCGCUCUGGAGCUUUGCUCCCUGUAUGCUGUGAUUCCUGUACAUAGGUCACUACACAUGGGGCUGCUCAUCCCUCCAGAGGCCCCUGUGCCCUGGGCAUGGGAAGUGCCUCUUGUCUCCCCUCUCCCCAGGUGCUCUCAUCCCCAGUGUCACCUGGUCCAGGACUCACCUCUGUGCCUUGCUGCUCCUGAGGCCAAGGGCAGCUGUAGGCCCUGCCCAAACACAGAGCCCAAGCUCUGGAGCCAAAGCAACCAGAUGACCACAGUCACCAUGGAAGAAACCACAAUAAACACUUUUGCACUGUCUGAAAAA